AUGCAGCUACGGAUAUCAGCGCGCGCUUGCCCGCUGUGCCUGUUCACUGCAGGCCGGCAGAGCGCUCAGGCACUGCGCCAACCAUGGGCUGCGCAGCGAUUCUAUGCCUUUUCCAGGCCCGGUCGAACCUCGAGCCCAUCCCGCAUGGUGCUCUCCGACAAUGUGUCGCGAUCGCCCAACGCGCGCAACGACCGAGGGCGCGAUAGCGAUAAGCCGAAACGUAGACCAGGCCCAUUUGGCGGCAUGAAUGUCAAGGAGUUCCGCGGUAGAGAUGGGUCAACCGGCGCAUCAUACGGUUCCAGAGGAGGGCAAGACAGAGGCAAGAAGAACGACCGGAGGACGAAAGCCAUGAAGAUGCAGAGUUCACUGGCGCCGAUCGGAUACGGCCACAGGACGCGAAUGAAGGAGAACAUGAGCGCCAUUGAAUCAUUCGAUCAGUUCGAGCUGUUGCCGUCUGUGAAAACGGCCGUAACAGACGAAGUACUGAAAGGUAUGACCGACAUUAAGCCUACACCGGUACAGCGACUUGCCAUACCGGCGCUACUUGGCCAGGAGCUUGGCAGGAGUCGCAGAUCAAAGAACACUACUGGCAGGGAGGAAUUCUUGCUGGCCGCCGAGACGGGUUCAGGCAAGACUUUGGCCUACCUAGUUCCCUGCAUCAACGCCAUGAAAGAGGCGGAAGCUGCAGACCCUGAGAUUGCCAAGUACCGCGAAUACUUUGCAAACCAAAGAGAGGCUAUGCAACAACCUGAUUACACUGGGCCUCAAGAAUUCGAGCCUCACCCGACCGCAGCCCGCCCUAGGGUAGUUGUUCUCGUGCCAUCCGCAGAGCUCGUCGAUCAAAUUGGUGCAGUGGCCAAGUCCCUGUCGCAUGUCGUCAAGUUCAAGACCAUCAUGCUGUCGGCAAACAAGUCGGCUACUGUGAUUGAAAGAAGUCUGUACAAUCCUGGAGGCUGUGACGUGGUUGUGGCCACUCCUCACUUGCUUUCAUCCAUGGCAGACUCGGAUCCUAACAUCUUGUCUCGGGUCACCCACCUUGUGGUGGAUGAGGCGGACUCACUAUUCGACCGAAGUUUCUCGCCCGUCACGACUACCAUCUUGGACCGAGCCCUGCCCUCUGUGAAGAAAUUGGUGCUAUGCUCAGCUACCAUUCCAAAGCGUCUAGACAACUACAUGGCUACUCAAUUCCCGGACAUGGUUCGCAUCACUACUCCCAACCUCCACGCCAUUCCCCGACGUGUACAGCUGGGUGUUGUCGACGUAUCAAAGGACCCAUAUCGCAACAACAAGAACCUCGCUUGCGCCGAUGCCAUCUGGUCCAUUGGCAAAGAUGCCGCCCGCCACGAAGGAUCCAUUCCCGGCGAGAUUGACGUCAAGCGCAUCAUGGUCUUUGUCAACGAGCGAGAAAAGACACAAGAGGUUGCCGAAUUCCUCGUAUCCAAGGGCAUCGAUGCCGUUGCCCUGCAUCGAGACACUUCGGAACAGCGACAAUCCGAGAUGCUUGGCACUUUUACCACAACUGACGCGAUGAAGGCCAAACUUGAGGAAGCAGCACCGAAAAAUACCGGCAGAAGAACCCUGCCAAACACCAAAGUCAUUGUGGCCACCGACCUGGCGUCGAGAGGUAUCGACACUCUGGCAGUGCGACAUGUAAUCUUGUAUGAUGUACCCCACACAACAAUAGAUUUUAUUCACCGACUGGGCCGUGCCGGUCGCAUGGGCAGAAGAGGAAGAGGUGUGGUUCUGGUCGGCAAGGACGACAGGAGAGAUAUUGUCGCCGAAGUAAGGGAGAGCAUGUACAUGGGACAGGCGUUGAUAUAA